GAAGGUCGUUCGUAUGGAAACUGGAUCAUCUGUAAAGGCAGAAGACCUUGUCGUCCUUCCGCGUGGACUAAAGAUGUUUUCUUGUCCAGGUAUAUAUAAGGGUGUUCAGAGCUGAGAGACACAGACAUCAGCCGUGCAGAGGAGACAGACGGAUUAAGAAUCGCCUCAGCAUGGUUCUCAGAGUUAUUGUGUUCCUUUCCUUUGUGGCGCUUGGCGCCAGUUUCGGAACUUAUGUAAGCAGUCCACUUUACUAUAACUUACUACCACACGCUCAGUACAGACCGUUGGCUGUUUCACUUUCUGCCCCUGCUCCUGAGGCUCCAGCAGCUGUUGAAGAGCCUAGUCCCUUUGCCUUUGCAUACACUGCUGAGGGUGAAGGAGGAUUCAGUUCCAGAGCAGAAUCUGAAGGAACGGCUGGAGAUGUUAGUGGAUCCUACAGUUUCAACAUCCCAGACGGACGUCAGCGCCACGUUAGCUACAAUGCUGGUACUUCUGGUUUUACAGCAACAGUGAAAUCCAACGAACAAGGAAUCUUAGCUGGAGAAAAUCCUGCAGAUGUACAAAACCUAAAUUAUCGAUGUGUUAUCUUGUCUAUGAUAAUUAUACUAUUGCUUAAAGUUUCUUUUAGCAACCAAGAGAGGGCGCUGAUGGGGCAGCAGCCUGAGAUCCUGAUGGCAAUGGUGCGUCCAAGCCUAGAGCUAGAAAAGUUGACCAGAAGAGAGGACAGAUUAACUCCUACUUCAUCUCCUUUGGGGUUUUCUGAUUUUCGUCUAUGA